UGCAUCUCUCCGCUGCGCAUAUGUGUUGUGUUAGUGAUUUGGCGUUUGUUAUACUUAUCAUUUCACAUACAUACGUGAACAAACGACGAAUAUGCCGAAAUCUAUACCCGAAAGGUGGCUCGAUUAUAAACCUUACGGUACGGUGAUACGUGGUACAAAAAUUCUGCCGUUCAAAGUACCGCUGAAAGAGACUGUGUGCAACAAUCUAGAGCCAGAAAUACGGUUUACAACGUCGGAUUUGGUGCAAGCGUUUCCGCGUCUCAAAUGUAUCAUCGACCUGACAAACACAGAUCGCUACUAUGACGGAAAGGAAUUCACAAGUGUUGGCAUCAAGUAUGAAAAGAUUUGGGUCCGCGGGCGUGAUCUUCCCUCCAUGGACGUGGUGAAACGAUUCUGUAAAGUGAUGGAAGAUUUUACGUCAGCUAGUGGUGAAGAAGAUAUUGUGGGUGUUCACUGUACACAUGGUGUAAAUCGUUCUGGAUACCUAGUUUGUAGGUACCUCGUGCAACAGUUAGGAUGGCACCCUGAGGAAACUUUGAAAGCAUUCGUGGAGGCUCGUGGGUAUCCCAUCGAGCGUGAAAUAUAUAUAAACGCGGUAAAGAAAACACCACAGCACAAGAAGAUCGAUACGAGUAAAGUCAGUUUGGAAUCUAACAAUAAUCCAUUGGGAUUGCCUUCAGCGUCAUCGACGCCGAACAUAGUCAAAAGAGUAGCACGUCCGUCGUUAAAUUCUUUAGGAGGCCGGUCGGCAUCGUUUACAAUGGGGCCACCAGGUUUUGCGCCGUUACGUCGUGGUUUCGGAACGGAAAAUUCAUUUCGGUCGCAACACUUUGGUUUUGGCGGUCCUCCGCCACGUUUUCGUCAUAUGCCACCAAUUCCACCGCCACCAGGUCCUCCACCUAUGUACGGGCCUAGGCCGUUCAGGUUUUCCACGACAACCAGGUCCGAAUCGAGCUCCUACCGGAGCACGGCUACCGCCCGGUCCACCGGCACGGUUGCCACCACCCAAAAUGCCAGCACUUCUUCCACCACCACCACCACCACCCCCACCACCGUCCGCGAGACCGCGACCUGUCGCGUUAGGGCGUCUUCCGGCACAGAAGAGAAAGCAGCACAUAAGACAGAUUGCAAGGCUGGUCAAAAAUUCCGAUACCUUGAUCAGACGGGACGGUCAGACGAGCAGAUCUUUACGAAAACUACUCAAAGAACAGGACUUUACAUUGGACACAUUCGAAGAGAAUUUGCUUACGGUUCCCGGUCAGCUGCGCAGACGAUCAACGAGAGGGAGAUAUCAUCAGGGCAAGUGACGACAUGCCGUCUAGGAGGCAUGAUAUGUGUGGUGUAUUUUGACGUAACUCGUUUAAAUAAUUCAUUCGUAUCACCUUGUUCUUUGUCGAUUAAGUUAAAAACAAUGUUUUUGAUCAGUAUGUAUGUAAAAUAACUUUAAAAAAUGUUAACAAUGGCAAAGAUAAAGCGAAUCUAAAAUGUAUUUUAAACGCGUCGUUAAGUAUUGCGGGCAUCUCCAAUUUAUAGUUAGCGAAAACCUUUGUCUAUAAAAAGUUAAAUAUGGUUCCCUAAAUUAACACGUACAGUGGUGUCCACGUAUAGGUUAUCUUUUUGAACCGCGAGUAGAUUACCGUUUUUCUCCCUUCACUCCUUUAUGGUAUAUGCCGCACUAGGUUGGCUUAUCUUUCAUCACUAGUUGGCUGCGGACAGCAAAGUUGUCAAACCAAUAUUUCAACAAUAGAUUGUCUGUCAUUUUUAUUUUACGUUAUUGAGAUUACUUUCCAUAAACUGUGAAGAUCUUUAUGAUAAAUGUUUGUCCAAGCACGGUCUCAAUUGGACUAUUUUAAGUUAUGUACCAAUAUGUAUUAAACAGUUUGUAAAUCGGAUAGCCAUAAGCUAUUUCACUUUUAUCACACCUAACACAGUUCCAGAACUGUAAACCGCGACACUACAUGACACGAAGAACAAGAAUAAUGGCCUUAGAGAAUGUGGUGUAUGAAGAAAUGAAGAAAUCAAGAAAUAUCACUGUUACGGCGCGAAAAUGAUUUUCGAUAUACCGUUAUUUGUUUUUAAAGAUCUAUAGCCUGGGCAUUUAAUUUUUCCUUGCAGAUGUGCCAUUUUUAGUUUUGCAAAGAAACGACGACUGUGUUUUU